AUGGAGAGUUUACCUGUGGAGAUCUGCCUUAACAUUUUCUGUUUCUUGGAUUACCACAAUCUUGCAAUCGCACAACAAGUUUGUCGGAAGUGGAAGGUCCUGGCUGUGGACAACAAUCUAUGGUCUAGCCUAUUCAGGGAGAGAUGGGGAGGAGAUCAUGUUGUGUUCUAUGCCCCUGUUGGUUCAAAAUCGUGGAAAGAUGUAUAUGAGGGCUUGAAGAUAACAAGAGAAGGUGGUAACUACUAUCUUGUUCAUCAAGGUGAAAUUCAACGCUAUCUGGGUUCAAGGAGACAAAGGAAAACGACAGCUGGUUAUACUCUAAAUACCAUAAGAGAGUUCAAUGGGGAAGGAUUAAAAGAAAAGCAAUCCUGUAGAGGGAUUUUGGACAAAAUACUUUUCUUCAUUGGGGAUUUGGAAGGUGCCUCUAUAGAAGCAAAGUGUGGCCGGGUGCUAUAA